AUGAUGAAAUCUUCAAAACAAUUACAAUCUGAGGCAAAGGAUUAUGUCUAUAAUCCAAAUACUUCUUUGAAAAUUUAUCUCAAAGUUUGUGUUUCCAUCUUAGAUAAAGCUCAAAAUUGUUUUCAAUCAAAUGACUUACAAACAGCUUAUAUUUACUACUAUAGAUACUUAGAUCUUUUAACUAAUAAAUUAUCAAAUCAUUCACAAUUGAAAUGUGACUCAUCUUCAACAGGCGAAAAAUAUACUUCAAAUAUUGAAAGACAAGAAUACUUCCAGCUGAUUAAAUUAGAAGUACCUGCUGUUUUAAAGAUUGUCGAAGAUCUAACCAAGAAAAUUGAUUUGGACUACAAUAAGUUGCAAUUAUCACUAGCUAAAAAUAUUGCUACCCCUGCCGUGACUCUCAAUUCAGUUGGUAACACACUUUCUAAUCAUUCAACCUAUAUUUCAGAAGAAUUUGAUGAAAAGAAAUUUAAUGAGAACAUUUCACAUUUCAAUGGAACCUAUAAUAUAAAUAUGAUUCAAUCUACUGAAAGUCCUAAUCAACUUGUGACUGAUGACAGGAAUUACCCAGAAUUACCAACUUUAAGUUUUUAA